AUGGAGCCAAUACAGACCAGCAAGACAAAAGACCCUGUAUUUGAGUACAGAGAGGGACUGCCAGAGCACGAGUGGGGAAGUCAACGGCGGCUGGUGUCGGGCUUACCUGCUGGCUUCGCCGCGUCCGGGUGGCGGCGGCCGAGUCCGACGCACGCUGCCUGCACCGUGGAGCGAGGCGCGAGGCGCGCGCGCCGGGCUGCCUACCCGCGGCGCGGCAGGCGCAGGCCGUCUGGCGGCACUGAGGACGGCGCACUGGCGAGUGCCGCCAGCGCCAGAGGCAGCGGCGGCGGCAGCGCCGGAGCGGCCAGCAUCCCACUGCGUCUGUCCGCGCGCCGCGCCGCGCCACGGCGGAGGGACGCGACGGGACGGGACGCUCCGCCCCCGCACCCGCCGCCCCCGCCGGCUAGAGGCGGCGGUCGCGGCGGGGCUGUGCGCCGGCUUAGGCUACCAGCUGCACAGCCACUAGCCAGCCACGCCAGCGGCGGCGUGCGCGUGACGGCGGCGCUGAGUUGCGACACGCACGUGCUGCUGACACGCCCCUCCCCCUCCUGCCCCCCACGCACAGCCUCCACUCAACCGCCCACAUACACGCGGCCCGUGUGA